UUCUCAGAAGGACGAUUAGAUGGUGCGUCCCAUGGAACUCCAGGGUAUAAAGAGCUCGUCAGACGACGGCUUCAUGAUCAGAACGUCUCUGCAACGACGGGAGCAGGCAACAGGGCAAAACUCGCAACUUCGCUUCCACCAUCAGGAUCCUAGAGAAGAAAGUAGCUACAAGUUUGGAGCGAUACCCAUCGUCAUCUACGACAUUUUCAUACGACGAAAGAGUGAAUGGCGACUCUUAGAAAAUACGCUAUCUUGGCAGUGCUGUUCAUCGUGUUGGGAUGUGCAUUUAGCAGGCCCGUAAGCGAAAGCUCGAGACACAACAUUGAGGAGGAUACUUCUCACCUACAAGAAGCUGUUGAUGACCUCCAAGACCGUGGUAGUCUACCUGACGACGUCUACGUCUCAAGAGCGGUCAUCCCCACCGAAGGAGAAGCAAUGGACUCCGAAGAAAACGAGAACACACGAGGAGACAUGAACGCAGGGCACGAAGAUCACCGAGGAGCCGACGAAGUCAUCCUCCGGCGAGUCCGACGUCGCUCCCGUCUACCUCGGCCAGUUCAUCGCGGGCACAGGAUGGCGUCCAGGCUUCUAUCCUUCUCACCGAUCUCCAACCAGAAAACAACCCGUCCCAAACGUAUGAUGCCCAGGAUCCUCUCCCCACCAUCGUACAGAAACGCGGCAGCGACACAUGACAGAGACGAUACCUUUACGAAAAGACGGUCUAAGACACCGUUAGGGAAGAAGUGUAAGUGGUGUGGCCUUAAUUACUUCUUGAAGAAGAUAAAAGUAUACGGAGAUUGGAAUAGGAAGCAAUCAGUCCAUCGGUACGUUUGAUAAAAGUAUAUGUCUAGAACUCAUACAAAUGUAGCCUAGGAGACAUAAUUGUACCCGACCACUCAUUCCCGAGGAAUAUUGACGAGAUGAUUUUUUUAGAUUUAUCGCAAUAUAAAGAGAUACGUGACAGAAUGCAUGCUGGUACAUGCUGUUUUAGAAAGUACGAUUUGAAAGUAUUUAUUUCAUUGACAUGAUAUCUAUAUCGGACAAAUCAAUUAUUGAAUGUGUCUAUGCAUCUAUACGCGUAUUUAUAAAUUUAUACUAUAAGCUAUAUGUCAGUGUCUUGAAAUGCAAUAUUGAAACGACGACUCGUGUACCAUAUGUAUGUGGCGACGAUGAAAUGAUAGUUAACGAACAAGAUGUUUAUUUGAGGUCAUUCAUUUUCUACUGUAACUAGUCACUCGAUGUAUUCCG